CCUCCCAGAAUUAGACAAUUGCAAAGAGCUUAGAGAAAUUUAUUUGAAAGGAAUGAGGAUCCUGCACUCUUCUUCCCUCAGGUUAGUUAGCUUUCAAACUUUUACACUUAAUAUUCUGCUUUUGAGAUGAUGGGAAUGGGUCUUUUUCCAUUAGAGAGCAGCUUAAUUUGCUGUUUGGGGGCAGAGACUGUGGGAGUGGAGAAGAGAAUGCCUGUGUCCUGAGAUAAUUCUGUAAGUAAAUAUCAGUCCCUGGGAAGAGAGAACCAAAAUGUCUACUGGACCAGAUGUCAAAGCUACAGUGGGGGACAUUUCCAAUGAUGGCAAUUUAAAUAUGGCUCAAGAGGAAUGCUCCAGGAAAGGCUUUUGUUCAGUCCGACAUGGGCUGGCCCUCAUCUUGCAGCUCUGUAAUUUUUCAAUUUACACCCAACAAAUGAACUUGAGCAUUGCCAUUCCGGCUAUGGUGAACAACACAGCUCCACCUAGCCAGCCCAAUGCCUCCACAGAAUGGCCCUCCACUGACUCCCAGGACUACUGGAAUGAAACUCUAAAAGAAUUUAAAGCAAUGGCCCCUGCAUAUGACUGGAGUCCUGAAAUCCAGGGAAUCAUCCUCAGCUCCCUCAACUAUGGCUCAUUCUUGGCUCCAAUCCCUAGUGGCUAUGUGGCUGGAAUAUUUGGAGCCAAGUAUGUGGUUGGUGCUGGCUUGUUUAUUUCCUCAUUCCUGACCCUCUUCAUUCCACUGGCAGCUAAUGCAGGAGUGGCCUUGCUCAUUGUCCUCCGGAUUGUACAAGGCAUAGCCCAGGUUAUGGUAUUAACUGGUCAAUAUUCAAUUUGGGUCAAAUGGGCUCCCCCACUGGAAAGGAGUCAACUCACCACCAUUGCUGGAUCAGGGUCAAUGCUGGGGUCCUUCAUCGUUCUACUUGUUAGUGGUCUUCUUUGCCAGACCAUAGGAUGGCCUUAUGUCUUCUAUAUCUUUGGAGGAAUUGGCUGUGCCUGUUGUCUUCUCUGGUUUCCUCUCAUUUAUGAUGAUCCUGUGAAUCAUCCCUUUAUCAGUGCUGCUGAGAAGAGAUACAUUGUGUGUUCAUUGGCUCAGCAGGACUGUUCACCAGGCUGGUCUCUUCCCAUUAGGGCUAUGAUCAAAUCCUUACCACUCUGGGCCAUUUUAAUCUCUUAUUUCUGUGAAUACUGGCUUUUUUAUACAAUUAUGGCAUACACACCAACGUACAUCAGCUCGGUACUUCAAGCCAACCUCAGAGAUAGUGGGAUCCUGUCUGCCUUGCCGUUUGUUGUUGGAUGUAUCUGCAUUAUCCUUGGAGGUCUAUUGGCAGACUUUCUUCUCUCCAGAAAAAUCCUCAGACUCAUCACCAUCAGGAAACUCUUCACUGCCAUUGGUAAGGGUGAGGCUGGACACAGGGGUGAAUGUGGGAAGCUCAGAGCAGCCUCCAGUUUAUUCUGUGUUUGUCCUCCUACCCCAGGGGUUCUCUUCCCAUCUGUGAUCCUCGUGUCCCUGCCCUGGGUCAGAUCCAGCCACAGCAUGACCAUGACCUUCUUGGUGCUGUCUUCUGCCAUCAGCAGCUUCUGUGAAUCAGGAGCCCUUGUUAACUUCUUGGAUAUUGCCCCUCGGUACACUGGCUUUCUCAAAGGACUAUUACAAGUCUUUGCACACAUAGCUGGAGCCAUCUCUCCCACUGCUGCUGGAUUUUUCAUCAGUCAGGAUUCAGAGUUUGGUUGGAGAAAUGUCUUCUUGCUUUCAGCUGCUGUUAACAUAUCGGGCCUGGUUUUCUACCUCAUCUUUGGCCGAGCAGAUGUACAGGACUGGGCUAAAGAGCAGACAUUCACCCACCUCUGAGCAAACCGAGAGAUGUGCUAGAUCCUGGUGCUUAGUUGUUCAUUGUUUUCCCUCAGAGACAUUUCCCUUUCAUGCCUGCUUGACUGGUAAGCUGUUAGCUAGACCCUGUAUAUAAUACUAAAGAUUUUACUACGCCUGGACAUUUUACAGAGGAAGAAAACAGGCUAGUUAUUUAACUGCAAGCUACCAAAAGCAAAGGUGUGUUGAGAUUUCUGUGUUCUCCACUCUUCCACUGUUAUCCUGGUAAAAGCAUCAGGGGUUGGAGACAAUUUCUUUCCAAAGCAAAAGAGGAAGCCAGACCUUGGGACUGAGAACUGAGAAUCACAAACGAGUUGUACCCAACAUGCAGAAGAUGAAUCCUCAGAGCUGUCAUCAAAAGAAAGCCCCAAACAACAGAAUGCAUAGUGUUUUCCAUUGUUGGUGAAAAAUGUCAAGGAGGAAAGAACAAUAAUGAUUCCAUCAUGACAAGAGGAAUGAACAUGUCUGCAACUAAUUGGAGCAAGAUAGUACACUUUAACUCUUUCCGACAACUUCCAUUCUGUGGAUGCCAGCUUUGGAAUCAGAGCUGCCUCUGGAAUACCUGUGCUUCCAGAAUCAGCUUUUGGACAGUUACCUUCUUUCUGGCCAUUUUAACCUCUGCCCCACAUCUGGUUUUUGGCUCGGUGCAGAUCUUUAACAUGUUAGUGAAUGGACAUUGCCCAGUGUCUCUUCUAGCCCUUCCAACAGUUCUUCAUGUGUCACUGCUUUUGGACAAUGACCCAUGAUGUCUGCCUUCGUGUGCCCUUCUGACUGUUGGAAUCCCACACACCAUUCAGUGGGAUUCAAUUCAAUGUGGAACCAUUCAACAUUCACCUCAUUAACCUAAAAUGCCUUCCAAAGAUGUAUGUAAGACACACACUGCCCUAACCUCACUCCAAAUGUCUGGAGAAAUGUGUGCAGUGCUUUUGUUAAAGCCCCUAUAUGGGCAGCAUGGAGGAUCAUAAGACAGUAAAACCAUUUCAACACGAAAUGAAUAUUAAUGCACACACACCUUGUGGGGAUGGCAGAAAUCAAAACCAUACACAGUAUUAAGGAAUUCAGUAUCUCAGGAGGGCAGAUAACUUUAAUCAAAGUAUCACACAAGUGAAUGUGUAAUAACUGUAGAAAUAACAAGUGGUUACAUGGGUUAUGAGAGUGGAUGAUAAGUGCACUAAUCUGAAUGUAAGGAAGGGCCACCCCUGCAAAGUUGCAGCUGAGCUGGGAUCUGAAGGAUAAUAGUUAACUGGUGUGGGAGACUGACGGGAGAACGUUUUAGGAAGAAAGAACAGCAUAAGCUAAAGUUUCAUGGCAGGAAGGAGCAAUUAGGUAUCCCAGAGGAUAGAGAAUAAGGGAAGUAUGAUUUGUGAGGAGGCUGUAGAAGAAUUAAGGUCAGGAGCACACAGGAUGAUGUGAGCCCAGUGAAUGCAUUGGUCUUUGUUUUGAAAUCAGUGGGAAGUGUCCUUGUUUUCAGAGGCUACUCUGCAUGAGAGAUUAGGUUGGAGUAGGAGCUUACAGUGUAGUCCAGGAGAGAACAAUGGUCUCUGGCAUGAGGGAAUAGACAUGGUGAGAGGUGAAUGGAUUAUUUGAUUUAGGUGGAUUAUUUGAUUUAGGGAAUAAACCUGACAGACCCCAUAAUUAAGUGAGAGAGUGGAAGAUGUCCAGAGUAACUCCUGAGUUUUGGCUUGCUGUUAUAUUAAUGCGGAUGCCUCUCACACAGAUAGCAAUUAUACCCAAGUAAAGACAACAAGAAGGAAAAUGGA